CUCGUUUCCAAUCUUCUCUAACAUUGCCUUUAACUACUCGACGCUUCAUUUCAUUACUAACAUGGCGUUGUCACAACAAUGCAUCUUCCACGGCACCUCUUAUGUUACAGGCACCGUCUCAGCCACACUAUUGGCAGCAGAUCUUGAACUGAGUUUCUGGGGCGGCGUGAAUCCAAAAACAGGCGAGGUUAUUGAUCGCUUUCACCCGCUGAGCGGUCGCUUUCUGAAAGAUACCAUUUUGGCCAUACCUGGAGGCAGAGGAUCCUGUGGCGGGAGCGUUAUCAUGAUGGAACUGAUUCUAAAUGGCCUGGGUCCCAAGGCACUGAUUUUCGAGCGCCGCGAGGAGAUUAUUACACUAGGAGUUAUAGUUGCCGAAGAGCUGUUCAAUAAGUCAGCCGCCGUGGUGACACUCAACCCAGAGGACUUCCGUCGGGUGCUGGGUUGGGAUGGAAGGACAAUUCAUGUACAAAGUGACCUAGUCUCGGAUGGUCCGUUGAGUGUCAAUAUUACCCAUGAGGCUGUGGAACCGGCGGUUGACAUCAACAAGUGUAAUGUUCAACUUACCGAUUCCGACCGGGCGAUGCUGGACGGAGCCCACAGUGAGGCCGCUAGGAUCUCGCUCAAUAUUAUUAUUCGAAUGGCAAAUAUGAUGGGAGCCCGAGAGCUAAUGGAUGUCCGCCAAGCCCAUACAGAUGGCGCCUGGUAUGGCCCCGGCUCGGUGGCCUUUGGAAAAAGACUUCGUGACUGGGGCGGCGAAUUCAAAGUUCCCACCACUAUUAAUUCACUGAAUAUUGACCAAAAACGCUGGCGGGCGCUCGGAGUGAACGCGGAAUUUGGAUCGUCCUGUGAUGAGUUGGCCAAGGCCUUUGUCGACAUGGGUGGCAAGAUUUCAUUUACCUGUGCCCCUUAUCUACUCGACACAGCACCUAAACUAGGUGAUCCAGUUGCCUGGGGAGAGUCCAAUGCUGCUAUCUAUGCAAAUAGUGUGCUUGGUGCGAGAACACUCAAAAACCCUAAUAUGCUCGAGGCUCUAAUUGCCUUGACUGGCCGCGCACCGAAAGCUGGAGCCUAUUUGGACGAGAAUCGCUUUGCGUCUAUCUGGCUCAAAGUAACACCACCAGAAGCGACGGACGACUCAUUCUGGCCUAUUUUAGGCUACGCUCUUGGCGCCAUUGCAACGGCUCGCAUCCCGGUCAUUACUGGACUCGAACAUUUGAAGCCCAACAGUGAUGACUUCAAGGCGUUCUCAGCGGCGUUUGCUACAUCCUCUAGCGCUCCUAUGUUCCACAUGGUCAACCUGACUCCAGAGGCUCCUACGCUCGAGGCUGUGUGUUGCAACGGUAUAGCCCCCCACGCUAUUGACGUGGGUUGGAAGGAUCUAGACGCGAUCUGGGAUGAGUUCAAUCAUGGCUCUGAGUCGAGAGAUAUUGACCUUAUCUCAUUUGGCAACCCGCACUUCUCCUUACGGGAGAUCAAAGAGGUAGCGAAGCUCUGCCAAGGAAGAACCAGGAAAGAGGAUGUUGCCGUGAUAGUCACCUGUGGCCGUGCUCAGUAUAGUCUUGCCGUACAGGCCGGCUAUAUCGGAGAGCUUGAGCGGUUCGGGGUCCAGUUCUUACAAGACACUUGCUGGUGCUCUAUCGAGGAACCGGUAAUUCCCAAGAACACCCGGACAAUCAUGACUAAUUCUGGCAAGUACAUUCACUAUGGGCCUGGACUAACGGGCAAGCAAUUUGCCUUUGGCAAUCUGAGCAUGUGCAUCGAUGCCGCGUGUACUGGGAAAACUACUGGUGACCCGCCUUCGUGGUUGCUGGAAGCUAGGUCAAGAUAG